AAGGGUCUGUCACACUGCAGAAAACAGCUGUUAUUUUUUUUUGUUAAAAUUCAUUGCGAAAAACUACAACAAUAGUUAAUUUGGUGGACAAUGCACUGGGUAGCCGCAAGAUCGUAACGUAACCGGCAUCCAACCCCUCUAUCCACUGUUGCGAUGAAUCUGCGGCCGCGCUGCCGAAAAUGGUUGCCGCUGGCAACGCAGCAGCUCCGUCUCCGCAACCUGACGCGUAUACAGGGAUUCAAUAUUGUGUGUCGGCAAUGGAGUGUGGCGACGGAGACGGUAGUGGAAACCGAGGCGGAGGCAGAGGAUGUGCUGCUCUACUAUACGCUGCACUCAGAUAAGGCUAGUGAGGCGCUCUACACGAGCGAAAAGCUGCCGCAGCGCCAUCAGCAGCAAAAGUGGGCGGAGAUCGGGGCAGACGGCGAUGCCUGGCGAAAAUCUAACGCGCAGUGUGUGUGCGUCAAGGUGUGGAAGCACUGGCCGGCAGCCAAGCGAGCUGCUGGCCAAACAAGAGAGACUGACGCCAGGACGAAGGACAUGUGCGGGGAGCCUGGGAGACGCCCCGAACUGCUGUUCAGCUGGGGCGUGUACUUCUCCGGCCUGAUACCCUUGGCUCCUCUGACGAUUGGCCAGUGCGGCCAGAACUGUUUGAUUUUCCAAAUGAAUGGCGAGCAGUUUGUGUCCCCGUCGAUGAUCAGCGAGCAGGGCCUGCAUGCGCAGCUGCAUCUGCACUAUCAGAACUACGGAGAGGAGGAGAAGGAGGAGCAGCCCAAGGACCAGCUCGGCAUCAACUCGCCCAAUACCAGUCGCAGCGCGAGCCCCGUCCUGAAGAUGAGCACGAUGCGGUACGCUCAACUGAAGUGCCAUCAGCAGGAGAUUCGCCGCAGCUACAACCUGGACAAGCUGCUUCUGCUGCAGCGACUGCAGCGGCUCCAGCAGCAGAAGCUGCGCCACAUGUCUGAGAUCGGCAAGGAGAUUGCUCGCCUGAGCGUUCACUGCGUGACCAGGAACGAACUGCGGCUAAAGCCUCGCACCACAUCCCUGUCCGGAGACCACUCCCACCACAUCCACCAUUCCAUGGGGCGUACUCUCAGCGUUCUGCUGGCCGAGCAGCAGCAGAUUGCCCCCUUGGCCCUGUACAAUGCCCAACAGCUGACCAAGCAGAUUGAGGGGCUGCGCUGCAAGCAACGGCUGCUCCAAGCGGAGCGGGAAACCUUCCAGCAGCGCAACAAGAAGGCCAAGCAACGUUUGGAGGCACUCGGCGAGACAAGGGAGGCCCUGCAGCAGCAGUUGCACAGGCAGCGGCAUCAACUCGAACAAGAGCGCCUGGAGCUGCGAACGGUGCAGCCCCAGCAUCUGGCCCAGCGUGAUCAGCGACGCCAGAUUAUGCGACAGAUGGACAGACGCAUGUCGACCUUGGUGCUAGAACUGCAGGAGAUCUACAAUAUACAGAGCGUGGGCGGGGGUCAGCAGCUCAGCAUUUGCGGCAUUGCCUUCCCCCACAUGGAGCAGUACACAAGUGAUUCGCGGCAGGCGGCCAAUGCCCAGGUCCUCGAGAAUGUCUCACCGCUGGCGGUGAGUGCGGCCCUCGGCUAUGUGGCACAUCUAGUGCAGAUGCUGGCCAUUAUCAUGGACCGGCCCCUGCGGAACCGCAUUCUCUACGAGCCCUCCAAAACGAGGAUUGUGGACGAGAUCAAAGAACUCACCUACACCACAAGAGAGUUCCCCUUGUAUACGCGCUCCAUUCUGCCGUCGCAACAGACCAAAUAUGCCAUCUACCUGCUGCGUCAGAACGUCUCUCAGCUGUGCUUUGAUAUUAUCGGCCACUGUGAUCUGCGCAACACCUUUGGAAAUCUUUUGGAGCUGUUCAGCACCUUGCGAUACAUCGAACGCACCCAAAGGGGUGACGAGACGGACAGUGGCAGGACGCGGCUGGUAAAUGGUCUGACCACGCCAGCGAACUCGCACUUGUCCCAGUCCCAUUCAUCGGUGGAUAUGAAUCAUGUGGCGCUGCCCACCACCGCAAAUGCGGCCAAAGAUGCCCUGCUCCAGCAGCUGCUGCCACCGGGCGUGAGUCAGGCUCUGGCCAUCGAGGGUUAUGCGUCAACGCAGCGCAUUUGUCGUUCCGUGGGCUCCUACUCGGAUGGCGAGGAUGAGUUUCGACCCAGAUUGGAACACAACUAUUCUAAUUCGGACUCAAACAUACCGCUACAAACGGAGCGCAGCUGAAUACCAAUAUAUCUGAUGUAUCGAGCGUCUAUACUCGUAUUUAUUCC